AUGUCUGAAGCCUACGAGCGUGAGCGCCAGAACAACGCUCGCCUGGAAGAGCUCUCCUCCAAAGUCACUGCCCUGCGCGGCGUCACCGUCGACAUAUACGACAAUGCCCGUGCCCAAGAUGUCAUCGACCACACUUCUGAUACAUUCACAUCCAUGACCUCCCAAUUCAAAGGCUCAGCGUCCCGAUUAACGCGCAUGGCCGCUUCGGGAAACAACGUCGCUAUAUUGAAACUCGCGGGCAUCAUCAUCGGAGCGUUUCUGCUGCUCUACUAUGGCCUCAAAUUGAUCUUUUGA